UAAUCACUAUGUAUUAUUCUCUCUGAUUUUUAUAAAAAUUAGACUCAUAAAUAAUAUCACAAGUGUCCCAUACAUUAGAUAAUGAUUGAGGUAUGCACCGCGACCUAUGGUACAUUAACUUUGAAUGAAUACAACGGUUUGGUGCUCAAAUUUAGGAUUACAUUUUGUCUGUUUACAUACUAAUUUAGAAGUAAGUGCUACAAAAGUCUGGUAAAAAAUGUUGUUAAUGCUAGCGAAGUUUUAUAAGAUUACCAGCAUUUCAAUUCAAAAAAAUUUCGACUCCACACUAUCUCGUUCAUUGUGGGGAUUCUAAUCAAUAGAAACGACAAACUUAAAUUUCAAUGAUCUUAACAUCAUGAAUAUUUCGUUUUGUCACAACAUAUUUCAUGCCUCGUCAAGACUUGAGCUUAAUUUUAAUAGGCCAUUCCACCAUUGCCCGUUUGAAGUUGGCACCAUUUGGACCAUUGGGUAAUCCCGAUGAGUUUGGGAAGUUCUGUCAAAAGUUGUCAAAGAUAUCCUCGAAAAGCCGAUUAAGGUUAACUUUUAGUUUAGAAAUUAACUUUUUUUAAUUUAUUGAGCCAUUCAGGGCCAUUUACUGUGGGAUACCAUGAGCAAAAAUAGUUUAAAUAGUGUGAGAGUAGCUAUAAAUUACAGUUUAAGUAAUCCCAGAAAUUCAUAGACUUAUACUAGAAAUGAGAGUUGCUGAUAAUAAGUGCGGUAUACAAUCGGCUCUAAAAUUAUAAUCUACACAGCAACUGCUAGGUUGGAUUAGAAAACUAUGCAAAUAUUCAUAUGCCAAGCGCGAUCUCAUAUCUGUGUGUUGUCAACUUAAAGAAAUCCUGUCUUUAUUUGAAUAAGUAUUAUUCCUUUGCUCUCUGUCCAUUUUUUUGUUCUGUUUCGAAUUCGUAUUGAUUUUUACUUGCAAAUAAAUGAGUCUUAGCCUGACUAUUUAAUACCCACUUGGUUGCAGCAACGGCCUUAGGGAGAACUGAUACUAACUGCAUAGCUUAUAAAUAUCACCGCGAUGCCCUAUUUAAAAUUAUAUGAGCGAGUAGUGAUUUAUUUACGCACAGCAAGAUAAAAUAUUGUCAUAAAUGCAGCUAAUCCGUUUGUCUGCGCUGAAAUAGUUAGCAGUCACGUAUGUGUAAAAGCGUAUAUUACCAGCUAGAUAUGAAGCUGUUUAUUAGAUCAUAAGAUAGCUAGUUUGCAAAUAUAAAUGAAACUGUAGACAUAAACGUACUAUCAGCAUAAUAGGCGAACUAAGCUGAGAUAAUCAAAAGCGCAUGAGCUCGCUAUCUGAACUAAGAAUGCCUCCGACAAAACCUUUUCGUGUCAUACAGAUUAUAUAAUAAAAUAUAUAAAAAUGUAUAAAUUUAAAUUCGCUAUCAUAGACGGAAUGCAGAAUAGACCCCUAGUUUUCGCUGAACGGAAGUAAUUUUUUACUAUUAUCGUAUUGUCUGUUGUGUCAUACACUCGUAAACAUAUAGGGCGUAAGUACUCCUCUGUUUUAGGGUAUCAUUCUAUAAAUUCACACAUAAAUUUGCAUUUGUUUGCAUGUGGAAGCUGCUGCAGCGCAGUUGAAUUACAAUUAUGAUUUGUUUUUGUUUUAUGGGUUAAUUUAAGUUGACCUUAUUCUGAUUGCUUUAGCUCACUUACGUGUAUUCAUACCUGCGAGGCAUUUGUACUACUCAGGGCGGAAUGUAUGUAAUAGAUUUACUUGAAAUCAUGUUUUAGUCAAUAUACUGACCGAGACAGAUUAUUUAAUAGUGAAUAUGAGCAGAUAAGUCUACAUAAAUUGAACAGUUAACCACUUAUUUAAAAUGGGAAAUGCAGGCUACACAUGCAUUCGAAGGACGUUCUGCUGGCUCAAUAUAAUAUUAUGGCUUUGCAGUUGUGCUUUCCUGGGUGUUGGCGUGUGGCUGCGUCUAUCGUACGAGGGCUAUGCCACGCUGCUGCCCGAUCAUCAGGUCUUGAGCGCAGACUCGAUUUUCUUAGCAAUCGGCGUGAUCGGCUUUGUUGUGUCAUUCUUUGGCUGCUGCGGUGCUUGGGUGCAAUCGCGUUGUCUCUUGGUGUUGUACUUCCUGCUGAUUGUUAUGCUUUUCUUGAGUGAGUUCCUAAUCGGUGCGAUUGCUUUCCUGUUCCGCGGCGGUUUGGGGCGCACCUUUGCCAACGAGUUGCGUUUCGGUAUCGAACGUCAUUAUAAUGCAUCGGAUCGUGGCAGUUUGAUUGCGCCAUCUGUCGCCGCUAUCUGGGAUAGUGUGCAACAAUCUUUUGAAUGUUGCGGAGUAUCCUCGUAUGAGGACUGGUACGAUAUUCAGUCGUGGAGCGGCAAACGUUGGGUGCCCGAAUCGUGCUGCCGGCCAUCGGAGGCGCGUAGCAUAUUGACGGAGGGAUCUGGAGAUAGUUUUUUGCGAGUUGAUUGUGGGAAAUCUGAAAAUCCCGCGCUCUGGUGGAGUAAAGGAUGUGCCCACUCCUUGCAGGCUUGGUUCCAGGGGCAGCUGAAUAUCGUGGGCGCUGUUGGUUUGGGCAUUGCAUUCGUACAACUCUUCGGCUUAAUCACAUCGAUGCUGCUAUUUUGCACCGUCAAACAUAAACGUGAAACUGAGACAUACAAAUCAUAUUCGCCAUCGAUUGAUCCGCAGACACGAACGAGCAGCUGGGAGGACUGAAGCCGACUUUAGCAGCGUGCUAAGAGCAACGAUAGUAUUCUUAUCAUAUCUUAUUGAUUAAAGGCAUUUAAUUAAGAUAUUUAUAUAACACGAUUUGAUGCAGUGAAAAACGAAUAGGAUUAGUAACUAAAUUACUUGAUAACUGUAUUUAGUAGUAAACAAAAACAUAGAUAUGUUAAGUCAUACAAUUUUUGCUAACUUGUAUGCAAAGUGUGCCAAAAAUAUUUGUUAAGUGUCUUACCCAGUUCGGCGAAGGCAAUUGUAGGCUAUUUAUUGUAGGAUACUCUUUACUGUUCGAGAGCAAUACUCAAUCUAUCUGGAAAAACAAGGGAACACGCAAUGAAAUUUUUUUAAAUCAACUGCAUAAACUGCCAGUUAAGAUACGUACUAGAUAUUUUCAACAAUAGACGAGUAUUAUUAAAAAUCUAUGUUUAAACUGUUUCUAGCUUUACUGUAGCGGUGUUUAUAAGUGUACAAUUGGACUUUAAAAUUAUUGUUUUAAUAUUAAGUAAUAUCCAAAGCAUCAAUUUGCCAAAUUUGCUAUCAGCUGUCUUCCAUUUCAACAAACAACUGGUAUAAUUAAAUAGAAAUAGAAUAUAAAUAAGUUAUAUGAGUUUAAUUAGGUAUCCAGGUAACUUUUUUGUUGUAUUUUCACAUUUAAAUUUUUUUAAUUUUCUUCUCAAAAAUACUAUAUAAUAUCUAGGACCAUUUGAAGAAAUACAAAAAUAAUAUAUAAAAGCAAUAUAUGAAAUAAUUCAAAAGUCUAAUAUUUAGCCAAAUAGGUGCAGCUAAUAAAAGCUAAAUUAAUUUAAUAAAUAAAUAGUAAACAAAUUUAUGAAUACACACCAUAACUGUACACACCGUUCGAAAAAAACUAAGUGAAUUUGUUAAUUGUAAAAUCAUUUCAUAUUACUUUACGUUUAAAUACAAUUACAGAAUUAUUAUCAAUUUGAUAAUAGUAAAA